CCCCCGUAGUAUCUAUUAGGUGUAAAGGAUUUGUUGUCGCUGUCUUUUGUGUCGAUAAUAAAUAAACAUUUUCGGUUAUUGUCAUAAAAUUAAUAUCUUUCAUGAAUGAUACACCUUCAAUUAUAAUUGGACGAACAGUUUUUCGUUGGCAGAAGGCAUUUACCUAAAAAGAUGGGUUAAACGACAUUUUUUUUAGUCUGCUGUCCCUGUUCACAGCUUUGUUGUGCAAGUGCAAACCAUUGCAAUGUUAAUUGCUUGGUGUCCGUUGCACCAACUCUUGUAACUAUGGAAGCAGAUUCUGCAGGAAGCAAAAGUCUAGGAUGCUCUGCAGUGUUGUGUUAAACUAAGUACUAUGGAAAGUCCUGGGUCCUCAUAUGAGAAGAAGGAUCAUACGAAGCAUCAUUCCAAUAACAAAAAAGUAAUCAAACAUGCACUUCGACAACAAGCAAAACGUAGAAGGAAAAAUACAACAAUAGCGGCUGGAAACUCUGCACCUGUACCUCGCAUUGUCGUGAAGCCACUUCCCCCACAGCCGGUUGAAGAAGUAAUUCAAGUAGUGCCUCCCGUUAAACCUUACACGACCAUGAGAGAAGUGCUAGCAUCAAUUCCCGGUUUUAACAUAAAACAUCGUAAAAGAACUAGUAAAAAAUUAUCUACGGCCGCACAAUUAGAGCAAACUAAAGAGGGCUGUGUCGAUCUCGAAACUCCAGACUCUAUUCUUGUAAAUACCAACUUGCGUUCCUUACUUAACAAAUACACAUUUGCCGUUCUCCCCUCCCUAUAUCAACACAAAUUGGUACAGUUACUGCCGAUCGUAGAUAGGCCUCCAUUGAACAGUUCAACGGACGUGGCAACACGACUUAGCGCGUCAGGUUUGAAUAACGAAUUCUUCGCUCGUGCUUGUUUGGAAUGGCAGGAAAGAUUGGCGGAAGGGGAAUUUACACCGGAGAAUCAACAAAAAUUGAAGACGGAAGCCGAUAAAGAGCGGAGUCGAUUAGAUCCGUGGAAAUUGAAGCAUUUCGAACCCAUUUGGGGUGACCGGAGUAAUGGCAGGGGAGAUAUGGUUUCCACAAAAGAACCUAGUCCAUCGCCUCGACCUCCCAUAAAAACUACGAUAAAAUUGAGACCAACUACUUCGAUAAGCAAUAAAAAUAAACCCGCACCUUUUAUAAAACGUAUUCGAACAGUGGGUGCCGUUACAAGAUCUUGUACUAAUUAUAAAGUAGAGUUAGAAGCCUCAAAUCAAUUGGAAUCCAUCACCCGGUCUCCAAUUCCCGAUCUUUUACCGAUUAAGAUGCAUAAAUCUCACUUAAAUAAGGUUAAAGACAUUCACACGGUCAACCACCAUGUGGUGGAGGAUUCAAGGUUGGUGGAGGAGGUCUCCAAAGAGGUAAUUUCGGCCGACGUGCACGAGAUUCAAACACCCAUUAUUAACAUUAGUGAUACUAUAAUGCAAACAAAUGAAGAGACAAUCAUUAGUUGUAGAGAUAAACGACGGAGGUCUUUAAGUUCUGAAUCGGAACGAAGAUUGCCUAAACGAUUAACACCAACACGAACGGAAGAAGUCGAAGAGGUUGCUGAAGUGGUGCAAGAAAUGCCAAUAGAGACAGAUUUAGUCUCCAAUGUCAAGAAAGAAGACGUUGAAGUAUCGUGUCCAGUAGCAACCAAUUUCGAAAAUGAGGUCCACGAUUCUAAAAUUAAUAAUGAAAUGGGAAAAAAUGAAGUUGACGAAACUCUUUUACGUAAUGAUCGACCUGAAGUAAGCGAGAGUUACGUUCGUGAGGAUGUGUCUUUCUUAAAGCAAGAUGAGGGAGAGGCGGAAGAUGAGAACGGUGCUGAAAUCCCAUCUGAUGAAUUAUCUUCAAGUAACAAUCUGGAGCUUUGCCAUUCUGUACAAACCGUUGAACAAGCGAAAGAGGUGUCCGUUUUAACUAUUGACGAAAGUAAUACCAUGGAAAGCCUACAAGACGAAGACGAUUUGGACGAAGAAGAUCAGGCUGAAGAAGUAACCGAGGAAACCGAAAAGUUAAUACACGCAGAUGUUUUGGAAAUGGCACCGGCCGAUCCAGAAUCUGAUCUAGAGGCAGAGCCCGAACCAGAAUUCGAUUCCCAAGAGUAUGGGGAUAUGACCAAAGUAAAGAACACAUUCUCGGUUUUGCCGAACUCAUUAAUUUUACAACAGGAAACAAUAGUUCUACAGAAAUCUCCAUGUUUGGAAAAUUGCGGGAAUGAUGUUUGUAUGGAAGAUUCAGCCGAAAAGUUAGAGGCCAGCGUGGAAGAAUCUGAUCUAGUUAGGGGAAUCGCAGAAGAGGAUCCAAAUGAGGAUCGAUUUAUCGAUGCUGAAAAUUAUGUAUUAGAAUCGGGCCAAAUUGAAGUGGAACAAAAAGAGAAACCUAGUAAGGGAGACCAAGUGCCUGAUCUUCAUACUACUAUAUUUGCAGCCACCACAGAAGACUGUUGGAAUGUUGUCGAUUCUAAUACGGAGAAACUACUUGAAGUACCACUACAUGCAUUGGAUACAGUUCCUGUUGGUAUGGUUGGUGUAAGUAAUACCACAACCGAGCACGUGGAAGUCAUUCCAAUGCAAGAAGAAUUAGAGGUUCGAUUGGAACAGGGCACCUUCCCUGUCCCUGGUGAUUGGUCUUAUGAUAUCAAGAUGGAUUCUGAUAUAGUAGCUGCUGCCUUAGGAACAACCCAAGCUACCAUUGCGACUACGGAAAAUUCUGAUGUCAACUUUACGGGAAAUCAAGUAAAAUUGGAGCUGGAAGUAACUUUGACACCCGAAAUACCUAACGCAGAUAUCUUAACUACGAGCUCGGCGAGUAGCACGCCAAAUUCAACAGUAACGCCCGCAUUAAGUAAGACAGUUGCUGCUGUUAUACCUCCAACUACCAUUGUUUGUUUACCGUCAGUGGUUACGACCGCCUCGAUACCAAAUCAAACAGUCUCGAACGCUGCCAUUCAACCUAACAUGCCCCGGUCAGGAAUGGCUCAAAGUUCAAGUGCAAUACCGUAUAUGCAGUUAAGUACUAGUCAACCGAUUCGAGCUGUCACCACGCAUACCAAAGUCAAAAGCAACACCAAACAAGGACCUACGAAUAAUAGAAAUCGUAGUAAUAACAAACCACCUCCGGGUGCCGUUAAUCUUGAACGUAGCUAUCAGAUAUGUCAAGCGGUGAUUCAGAAUAGUCCAAAUAGAGAUCAACUGAGGUGUCAGUUAAAGCCACCUCCUUCGUUAUUAGCGGCGACCGCAAUAAGUAAUGCCAAAAAGAUUGACUCGAAUCGUCCUCAGCAAUUUGGGAACGUUAAUGUGUCUAGAAAUACCAACAAAACAUUCACACCGCCAUUACCUGCUUCGGGUAUUUAUCAAAUGGUCAGCUCGAAUAAUGGUAUUAAAACAGUAGCACAGAAGACCAGAGUGGCCUAUCAUCAACAGAGACAGUCUAGUCCCCCCGUCGUAGUGAGGCAUGUGUUUACUUCUGGACAGGGAAUUCCCGUGACGAUGGCAGUGCUACCCCAGGCUCAAGCGUUUAGCCCUGAAGUAGUUGAAGGACAAAGCCAAAUGGGCCAAGUUGGUCAGUAUAUUCUCGUACAACGUGCAGGUUUACCUGAUCAUCAAAGCGUGCCUCGUUCCUCUAGUGCUCCACCUUCGCAACAACAAAUAGCGGGACCUAUAAACACACUAGGGACUUCGCACAUGCUAUCAGUUGGAGGGCGUGGCAGACCCGCGAGUGUAGAAAUGGAGCAUACCGCUCUACAGCAACCACCACCACCUCCACCUCCUCCCGCGGAUUUUUUCAUACAAUGUCCUAAUCCGGGAACACAGGCGGUUACGAGAAGGCAAAGAUUACCACAAGGUGUGGUUUAUGGUGACGUUAGUGUUGAAAAUCAUUUACCCAAUUACACAAUUAUCGGUGAGAAUGUCAUGAUCGAUCAUCCUGGUGCUUCGAUGCAGUCGCAAAUGAUUUUCACACAGAAAGGAACACAAUUAAAGCCUAUUACUAAUAGUAUACCUCCGCCGGUUAGUGAUUCUUCUUGUCCUUGUAAUUUAAAAGCGAUGGUAAUGUGUAAAAAGUGUGGUGCGUUUUGUCACGAUGAUUGUAUAGGACCUAAUAAAUUGUGUCGUACGUGCUUGAUACGAUAGGUUUGUAGUUGAAUAUAUCCUAUAUAUUUGGUAAAUUGUGCGUGAUAUCUUUCGCUAAAGUUAUUUUUAUUUAUUUUGUUACAUUAUUUAUGUACCUACGUAGCAGGGAUUUUAAAAUUAGAUUAUUUUCUGGAUACUUUUGCCUGUUCCAUUUUCACAGUAAAUACAGGUUGCUUAUUUUUUGCACCUCCCCAUGGUAAGCUUGGUUAUCUAUGGAGCUAUGUUGUUGGUUAAAUUACCGCUAUUUCUUAUUUGUAAAACAAUCAUUUGAAAAUUUACCCAUUUUAGCGAGAAUGUAAAGGAGCCAUAGUGUGUGGUAUAUCAUUUUAAACAGAGAAAAAAUCUGUAUUAAAAAUUACAAAAAUACAAUUUGGUAAUGUGGUCUGCAUAAGAACUUUGCGAUUAUAGUCCUGUCAAAUAGAAAACUUCGUUAAAAACAGAAUAAUGCUCAAAUUUUUAAAAAAAAGUUCCCAUAAUGUCAUGGUGUAACUUACUUUUGUUAUUUUUUUUGUUAUAAAAUAAAGCAUUAGAAAAUGCAAAACAAAGUUUUCUUAGGAGAGCUAAAAAGAUACGCACAAAAGUGCUUCUACUUCAGCAUUAAAUGUAUCAACUUUGCCCUAAUUUAACCAACAUGGUAUCUCUUACGAUUCCAAUGAGUAGUCCGUAUGUAUUACUACAGAACCUCCAAAAAUGUUUGUUAGUGUUAGUAGUAAUUUUGUAUGUGAUAUAAAUUGGUGGAUGAGAUUAAGAUAACUAUUAAUAAAAUUGCCAUUAUUUACUAAACGCUGACUGUAAUAUUGAUUUUUUUUUCAUCUGGCAGUAAAUUAACAUUUUUUUCUCUAAGCUCGAGGUGACCUGUCAUCACGUCGUUACCAAUCACAAAAUCUACUAUGCUGACUAUCCCUCAUGUUUGUGAUAACAAGGUAGCUUGGCAGCUGCCAUCAUCGCGUAUGAUUGUUAUUGUACACAAUUUGCCAAAGUUAAAUAUUUUAGUACCUAUAUGUAGAUGUGUAACCCGAAAAGACGUCAUUCACCUACAAGUUGUUAUAGUUUUGGAACCGGCAUGUGCAUUGUUAAUAUGUUAGAAUGUGUAACAUUUAUGUUUAAAUACUGGAAAUACUCAUAUUUUUCUCUCUGCAUUUUUCAAGUGCGAAGUCUUCCAUCGAAUCUAACUGGCUUCUAAGGACAUUUUGCACGGAUAUGUUCUAGAUCUCUGUAAUUAUUUUAAGUGUGUCGUACUUAAUCGUUAUUGAUAUUUUAUGAGACAUUUUUUCAUUUUCGCAAGUUCCCUAAAAAAAUUGGUUUACUUUUGUGUUUUUCACUUCGAAAAUUGUGCAAUACUGUUUCAUUUUACAUUUUAGAUUUGUGUGAAUUUACCAACUAAACGGCAUCACUCUUAUUCAGAUCAGUUUUAGAACAAAUAAUGAAGCUUUGGCCACCUUGUUGCUUUGCUUAGUACCUAAUAGGCGGAGUGUUGCAUAAUCUCAGUGGAUUUAGAGAUUUACAAUUAUUUUCAUAGAAUAACUUUUCGUUUUCUUAAAUUGUAUAAAAUUAAUUAUGUUUUUCAUUUAGCUCUGUGUACAUAUUGUAGUAACAAUUUAUAUGCAUUAAAUCUUAAUACAUCAUUGGAUUUAA